GUACGCGUCUCUGUGGAAAGGAUGCCUGACGCUUUACACGGGGCGAGGAGGCGAACUGCAUAAAAUCGGGGAGUUCUGCAUGGUCUACUCAGAAGUGCCAAACUUCAGUGAGCCCAACUCGGAACACGUCGGGCAAAACAAACUGGCACAGGGUGAACAGAAUAAUAGUUCUGCAUCGAGUAAUAUGGGUUCUUGUACUUUUGGGCCACUGGGAAAUGGUUUACAAACUGGACCUGAAUCGAGUGGAUUUCCUUUUACAUAUAAUCACGGCCACACUUAUGCAGGUAGUGGGAGAGGCAGUGGACGAGGACCUGUAAAUCCAGCACCAGCUAAUAGCGUUCAGCCUCACCUCCCUGCUGUCAGUAACGGGAGGGACCCACGCAGAGCCUUUAAAAGAUGA